GGUUAUGUGAAAUAUCCGUCACUUUCAAUCAAAAAUAUUGGUUUGUCAACUUGUUCUUGAAAGUUAUUUCGAAAAGUGUUAGAUAUUCCCUAAAAAAGUUAUAAUAGGUAUAAUGAACAAUCGCAGCUGAUGAUUUUAAAUAUAUUGGCUUUUUUUCAACUGGAAAAGGAACAAGUCCGAAACGGAAUUGCACUUCAAAUUGAGAAUGUGAUACAGCGAGCCGCAGAUGCAACAAAAUUGAGCACAACAACGAUCGCAAAUAUAAAAAAGAAUGGGAUAAAAUCAGAUCAGGAUUACGCAGCCCGUAUAUCUUCCAAGCAAAAGAUAGCAAAAACCAAAAUGACAACAUAUUUGAAACAUAGAAUUCGGGACACAAUUUAUUCUAUGUACGCCAGAAAAGAAUAUGUAAUAUUGGCAACAAGAAGAGAAAAGUUCAGGGAAGAAAUUGAAUAUUUUGAGUUUUCCAUUGACUCCUUAAGAAGAUGGAUCAAUAGUAUAGGCUUUAAGUGGAAAAAAUCAAAUAACAAAAAAUAUUUCAUGGACUUGCCAAAUAUUGUUCAUAAAAGAAUCAAUUUUUUAAGGGAGUAUAUCAAAAAUAGAAAUGUAGGUCCGGAAGGUUUUACUCCAGUUUUCAUUGACGAGACGUGGAUUUUUAGCAAGGGAUCAUUUUGUAGUAGCUGGCAAGAUGACACCAAGCACACGGAUUCAAGGAAAAACAGUGAAGGUCAUCGUUAUAUCGUGGUCCACGCCGGAACCAAAGAUGGCUUCAUCAAGGGUGCAAAUUCAAUAUUCAAGAGUGGAUUAAAGACGGGAGAUUAUCAUGACAAUAUGAACAGGAAAAACUUCGAAAACUGGUUUAAAACUCAGCUGGUUCCAAAUCUUCCCCCAAAGUCAUUUAUAAUCAUGGACAAUGCAAGUUACCAUUCUGGUUUAUUAGAAGAAAUCCCGAGAAAAUCUUGGACAAAGCAGAGACUGACCGAAUGGUUGAAGAAAAAGAAUAUUGGCUUUCCAGAAAAAGCCAUGAAAGAUAAAAUAUGGAGUAUUGCACGCAGAAACUGCCCUAGUGAAAAAAAGUACUUCCUUGAUGAAUAUGUUAAACCUUUAGGACACAAAAUUUUGCGACUGCCACCAUAUCAUUGCCAGUUUAAUGCAAUUGAAAUGGUAUGGUCGGAAUGUAAACAAAAAUAUGAUCAAUAUAUUUCCAAUUUUAAGGGGUCACCUUCAGAAGUUCUGACUACAUGGGAAAGGGUAAUAAACGAAAUUUCUAUAGAUCAUUGGCAAAAAUAUGUUUUUCAUACAGAAAAGGUAAUUGAAAAGGCUUGGGAGGCAAUACAAGUGUGUGAUGCCUAUGACAUUCUGCCACUUGUGAUUACGACUGACAAAGACGACGAUGACAAUAUCUCUGAUUUCAGUUCUGACUCUGACAAUACUGACGAGAUUGAUUAAGCUUUUUUUGUUCUAGCAAAUUUUAUUUUAUGAUCGUCGUUUAAGUAUUCAAUCAUAUCGUUGCAAUUUCAGCAACUUGGUAAUGCAAUAUGGCGUGCUUUUUUUUUGAGUUUGUAUGUUUUAUUUUUUGGAAUGGUAUUUUCAUUUUAAUGUGUUAACAUAUUCCUUCAAGCAGCAUUUUUUUUCAUGAACAAGUAAAUUAAAUUGUCAGUAUUUAAAUUU